GCUUUUUGUUAACAGAAUACACUAAAUACUAAUUCCGUAAUGGCGUAACAACAAAUGGACGUUAAUACCUAGUCUAUUGCCUAUUGGUAUAAUGUCGCUAAUCGCUAUUUUGGUUAUUACUUUUUGAGUGCUUCAGUAGAGCUUGUGUGUUGAAACUUGAAAAUACAUGUGAGGCGUUUUUCCAUUAUAAACAUUUAAACGUUUUUUCGUUAGUGUUGUGUUUUGUGUAUUAUAAUUCAAUACGUCUUGUUUUGAAUAUCUAGGUAGUUUUUUUAAAAACCAUUAUCAUUUAAUUUAAUUUAUACAUCGUACUGACGUUUGCAGAUUAAUUGCAUUUCAGUAUCUAUUAUUUUUAGCAUUUUAAGGAUAAGCAGCAUAUUACUUCAAAUUUACUUUCCAUAUCAAUAACAUCAUGGCUAAAGUGCAGCUGUCAAAUGUGGUUGUCUUAGAUAAUCCAUCUCCAUUUUUAAAUCCUUUUCAAUUUGAACUUACAUUUGAAUGUAUUGAAGAUUUAAACGAAGAUUUGGAAUGGAAAAUGAUUUAUGUUGGAUCUGCUGAAAGUGAAGAACACGAUCAAAUACUUGAUACUAUUUAUGUUGGUCCGGUUCCUGAAGGAAGACAUAUGUUUGUUUUUGAAGCAAAUCCUCCAGAUGUUUCUAAAAUUCCUGUAGAAGACGCUGUUGGUGUAACUGUUGUGCUAUUGACUUGUUGCUAUCGCAAUCAGGAAUUUGUUAGAGUUGGAUACUUUAUUAACAAUGAAUAUACAGAUCCAGAGCUGCAAGAAAAUCCUCCAGCUACACCUCAAUUUGAUAAGAUGACAAGAAAUAUAUUGGGUACUGAACCUAGAGUAACAAGAUUUAAGAUUAAUUGGGAUGACUCCGAACAACCUACUACUAGUAAUGGAAUACAAUCUACCUGUCAUGAAAAUGAAGAUUCAAACCUACAAGAAAUGGAUGAAGAAGUGUCAUCUUUGUUAUCUUCCCAUGCAGACAAUAGCCUUAGUCAAAGUCCAAUGGAAGUAUUGUAAAUCGACUGAUCCAAUAUCUCAUCUAUCAUAAUAUCAAUAUUUUUUCUAAGUAAUACAUUUUAUAAGAAAAAAAAUAAAAGAAAUGUUAAUCAUGUAAUAAAUUUAAAAGCAAUUAAUAUAA